AUGCUCUGCGAUGCUGAUGACAAGCAACUGGCUGCCUUCAAGGACGGGUCAAAGUAUCAAAUAUUGGUGCAACAAGGAAAAACUCCCGAAUCAAUUCGGUAUGAUGGAUGUCAGAGGGACUACUUGCCGGCCAACUUCUUGUCCAACCGAAGUCUCCAAAAUUUGACCUGCAAGAUGUUCCUGGCCCAGCGCUCCCUUCGUGACUGCCUUCUUCGGGUCAUGGAGGAUGACUUUGAUUGGCCUCAUGGCAUCAAGGAUACCAUCCGUGAGGUGACCAGUGAUCAUACAACACUGGUCAGGAAGAUCAAGGAACUCACUUGGAGAGCUGGCUGGCCGGAUUCCGCUGAGCGCUUCUGGCAGCUCGUUGAGGAUGCGGUCUUCGGUGCUGGCUACCAAUCAGCUCUGACAUCACUUGUCAAGAACCGAAGGAGCAUCCCUGAGUAUUUGGAGAAUCCUGAGCUGAAACAGGAGCUCACUGCCAUCCACGAGAUGUAUGAUGAGGAAAUGAAGAAAAAGAAGAAGGAGUUGAAGCUUGCCCAGAAGGAGAAUGGCACCCUGAUAGAUGAUGACGAGGAUGAAUUGGAGGCCGAGAAAGAGGAUCCUGUGGAACCUGAAGAUCAAAGCCUCAAGCACAUCAUGGUUGAGGGUGAUGAUCCAAGCCUGCCAUUCAAGAAUCCCAAGGAUGGCUUCACGGAGAAAGGCAUCCAAAUGAAGGACCGGCUGGCCCAUUUCAAGAAGCAAGCCCAGAGAAAAGUGCCUUGGUCUGUUAACUUGUCUACUAAGUCCUUGUUGUCUUUUGAAUUCAAACAAUAUGUGAAACACCUUCUUGUCUAG